CGGAGGGCGGGGGUCUCGGGGCGUCGGGAGCCGGGGUGGCUGGGAGCCCCGCGUCCGCGGCGGUGCAGGGCGGGGUUCCCGGAGGGGGCGUGGCGCGGGGCGGGGCGGGGCGGGGCGGGGGCGGGCACAGCGCGGGGCGGGGCGGGGCGGGGAGUGGCGGGCAGGCCGGGCAUGGCGUCCAUGGCGGCGGCGAUCGCGGCCUCGCGCUCGGCGGUCAUGAGCGGGAACCGGCCUCUGGACGACCGGGAGCGAAAGCGCUUCACCUACUUCUCGUCGCUGAGUCCUAUGGCCAGGAAGAUCAUGCAGGACAAGGAGAAGAUCCGCGAGAAGUACGGGCCCGAGUGGGCGCGGCUGCCGCCCGCGCAGCAGGACGAGAUCAUCGACCGGUGCCUGGUGGGGCCGCGCGCCCUGGAGCCCCGAGACCCCGGGGACUCGGAGGAGCUCGCGCGCUUCCCCGGCCUGCGCGGCCCGACGGGCCAGAAGGUGGUGCGCUUCGGGGACGAGGAUAUAACUUGGCAAGAUGAGCACUCUGCCCCUUUCUCCUGGGAAACAAGGAGUCAGAUGGAAUUCAGCAUCUCCUCCUUAUCCAUCCAGGAGCCGAGCAACGGCACAGCCAUUAGCGAGCCGAGACCACUGUCCAAAGCUUCUCAGGGCUCCCAGGCCCUCAAGUCGUCCUCCCAGGGCAGCAGGUCCUCCAGCCUGGAUGCCCUGGGCCCCACCAGGAAGGAGGAGGAAGCGUCCUUCUGGAAGAUCAACGCCGAGCGGUCCAGAGGGGAGGGGCCUGAGGCCGAGUUCCAGUCGCUGACCCCUAGCCAGAUCAAGUCCAUGGAGAAGGGGGAGAAGGUCUUGGCUCCCUGCUACCGGCAGGAACCUGCCCCGAAGGACAGGGAGGCCAAGGUGGAAAAGCCCAGCACCCUCCGCCAGGAGCAGCGUCCCCUUCCCAACGUGAGCACCGAACGCGAGAGAACCCCGCCCGUCCAGGCUCUCAGCAGCGUGCUGCACGAGGCCACCUCCUCCCAGCUCGAGGGGAAGCUUCCGUCUCCUGACGCCAGACAGGACGACGGGGAAGACACCCUGUUCUCGGAACCCAAGUUUGCACAGGUCAGCUCAAGUAAUGUCGUUUUGAAGACGGGAUUUGAUUUUCUGGACAAUUGGUAAAAUGUAUUAGAAAAAUACAGUGAAGAAUUCUAAAAUAUUUUCCAAAGUGGUGUGCUGGAGAAGGAUAAAAGGGCCACCUUUUCCUAUGUAUUUUCCUGGUUUCUUGACACUCUUUUUCUUAAUCAUUUGGAAACUGGUCAAUAUUGCCAGAUUUCUUUUUUGGUAGAGCCAGAUAUAUGUGCUGUUUUCAGUGAUUCGAUAACAGAAGUUUUACAUUUAGAAUUUUUAAGGUCUGUUAAGGAUUCAGGAGAUCUUGUAAAUAAAACUUCUGUUCUCAGCUCCAUCCAAUUUCCCCCUCCUCAAAGGAUGUUUUUCAACAUGUCACAAAAGUCAUAAAAGUGAUUUCCAUCUCCUUGUUAUUCCCCCUCCCUCCCCUUUUUAAGGGAUGGCGUUCCCUUUGAUGGGUGAUGGAGGGUGAUGUGAUCAGCCAUGACGUCAGCAUGCUGACCGGGACCCGAAAGAUUGGCCCCCAGCGAAGUUCUCAGCCAGCUUGCAGCUGUCCAGGGCUUCUCUGUGGAAGCCAUGCCCCUCCCAUCAUGUGCCACCCUCCACCCUCAGGCCAUUUCCAGGGAACAGACUGCGGGCAUGCCCUGAUACGUAUUCAGAGCACGGGUGAGAUCGUUGUUUAAAAAGAGUUGCAUGUUUAAAGAGUUUUGUAUUAACUUUGCGUUAGUUUGUAUCUAGAUUAUCAGCAGUGGGGCUACCACUUUCCUUGGUUUUGUAUCUAUUUCCUUUCGGAAGUUCUUGUUGCUUAUGUGACCUGUUGGUAGUUCCCUGGACUGGGCACCUCCAGGAGUCAGGGCAGACGGCAGGCGCAGCUGGAGGACGGGGCUCUUCUGCUUAGUUGUGUUAAGAGUCUUCCAGCGUGAGUCUGGUGGGGGCAGUGGGCAUUCUUUAUCCCAAGGGCUAGCCAGCUGCAUCAUGACGGACCUUCCCCAGUCCCGACCACCACCAGAAGUGGAAAAAUGGAGUUUGUGAUCACCCCUGGAGACCUGCGAGGUGUCACGGCAGCAGUAUCUCUUGGAGCUGGUGCCCGGUGGCACAAGGUGGCCCACCUCCCAUAGGGAAGCUGCUGCGCUCACAGGCUGCCCCGCCCAGUGGUCCCUGAGCUGCGUGAGCCUGUAUGUAGGAGGCAUCCACGCAGAGCCUCAAGCCCGGUGUGGCACCACCUCCACGUUGCCAUCACUGCGUUCUCACCUGAAGCCUUAAUCUCUGCGACCCCUGCCAGUGAGCGCUUGGUUUCAAUACCAAAGUGUGUCUUCUCUUUUAAAAAAAAUGCCUGUUUCAUGGGAACUUCUGAAAUGAUUUCCAGAGUAUUUUAUCUGGCUCUAAAAUAAAGCACAUAGCAACUCACCCCAACCCCCUCAUCACCUCCGGGAAAGUUUCUGCCAAAGCUGUGGCACAGCCAACAUUUGGUUUGGUUCUUGCCAAUUGCUUUAUGUCUCUAAACCUCAUUUGGCUCCUUGGGUUGUGGAGUUUUCGUUCUCCUUCAGUGACGUGCUUUAACUUUUCAAAUAUAGGUUCUUUCUGUACCAUUUAAGUAUAGUUGAUACACGUGAAGCCAAAAAGCUUUCAUCAUGGUGGUGAGGGAAAAAGGAGCUUAGAAAUCCCAGCUGGCACAGCCUGAGCAGGCUCCAGGUCCCCUUGGGGCUAGCAGUGCUGUUCACACAGGGAUCCUCAGCAUCAGCCGCCACCUGCCUGCACCUUCUGCCUGGAGGGCACGGGGCUGCUGUGGAAUCUAUGGGAGCCAGUGCAUAUGUAUGAGUUUGUAUUCUGUAGUGUCGGUGUAGCACAGAACAAAGACCUGUGUCCAAGAUGGUGGGUCAAGGUUAUCUGCCUGUUCUCUUGGGAGAAAUUCUAAUUUCUUUCCCACUUUCUUAUAAGGCCCAAUAUUCCCUCCAAGUUCUUCUUGGUGCUGAGGGGUGUAGGAAUUAUUCAAAGCCUCUGCCUCUCUUAGUACGGUCUGGGGCCCAGCACCCAGCAGUGCUAACUCUGAUUAUAAUGUUUCUUAAUGGUAUAGCCUCCUGAGAUUCAGCGUAAAAUCAAAAAUUAGGAAAUCCUGGAGGGAGUCCUCAAGGUGUGUUGCUUUGCUCUGCUUUUGGAAAAAGGGACGGCAGGCUUGUGUGCAGGUCUUUCAUCCUGCCUCACCGGCGGAUCUUCCUCCAACCCUCGGGCAAAGCCUCUACCAAGAUGGUUUCUUAGCUCUCCAUUUGCCACAUUUUUCCUCCCGUGCAUCAGGAGGGAGUUUCUAAAACCAGGAGUUUAUAUUUAUUUUGUAGAAAAGACACACUUUUCAGGAGAAACCUGAGCAUGAUUUUGGAUUCUCCACCUCCCCCAGUCUCUGCAUCUGGGAUUCAGCUCAAGGAUUCAGUGUCUGCAUUUUUUACAAAAGUUUCCCCAAGAAAUCAGCAACCAGCCUCUGUUUCCUCUGGGGGCCCCUCCCUUGUCCACUGGGUUUGGGGGUGCUGCCCCAUUGGGAACGGCGGGGCACUGUCACCCGUCGGAGCCACACCCCCGUGUGGAUGUCAGUAACAGCCUCCCUUUCUUUGCAUCUCCCUUUCUUUAAUUAAUGUUUUCAAAAAUAAUAAAUUCUUACUGCUGACUUGUAACUUGGUCAUAUUUUAUACUCAUAGCCUUUAAUAAAGCCAUUUUAAAAAUGCU